AUGAAGGCAUUUUUUACUGAGUAUGUUGGCCAGUAUAAGGUCAGAAAACUUGCUCAUAUUUUAAGAGUGGUUUUGUCCAUGAAGUAUUUACAAAGUCUGUCCCAAAAGGUAUUAUUCUGCUCUUUGCUAGUGUAACCGCUUCUCAACGCGUUAGGGAGCCUCCACACAAGGUCUGGAUUAUCCGUAAGCCCUCAGGCGAAGUUCUUUGCAGUUACUGUAGCUUUACAGCGGGAUACAGUAAAUGUUGUAAUCAUGUUAUUGCAGUUCUGUAUAAGGUAGAGUUUGCCAACCAACAAGGAUACAUAGGCCUGGAUUGUACAGAUCCAGCCUGUGUGUGGAACAAAUCAAGCAGAGACAUCCAGCUUGGGAAGAUUAAGGACAUGGACAUACAAGCCCACAAAAGACAAAACCUAA